AUGACCCCCAGAGACACCACCCUCUUCUGCCUCGUGCUCUGUCUUGGCCAGAAGAUUCAGGCACAGGAUGGGAAUCUUCCCAUUCCUACCAUAUCUGCCACGCCCGGUUCUGUGAUUCCCUGGAAUGAGUCUGUGAAGAUCCUGUGUGGGGGAACUCCAGAGUCUUUCCUGUACCAACUGGAGAUCCUGAGAAACUCCACAUACAAAGUGGUGGAGAAGAAAUGGGGAUUUCAGAAGACAGCUGAGUUUGUCAUUAAACGCAUGGAUACUAAUACUGCAGGACGUUAUCAGUGCCGAUACAGAAAACAGUACAGCUCGUCAGUGCACAGCGAAGCCCUGGAGCUGGUAGUGACAGGCUUGUAUGACAAACCCUCCCUCUCCACUAAUGGGUGCCUUGUGGUGAUGCCAGGGGAGAGUGUUUCCCUCCGGUGCAGUUCAGCACACAUCUCAUUCGAUAGAUUUUCACUGAGCAAGGAGAGAAGGGCCGUUCUGUCACAGCACCAAAACGGGGGACGCUGGGGUGACUUCAUUCUGGGUCCUGUGAACCUCAGCUUCUCAGGGAUCUACACAUGCUACAGUUGGUACAGUGGCAGCCCUUAUGUAUGGUCAGCCCCCAGUGAUGCCCUGCAGCUUGUGGUCACAGAUACCACGAACCAAGAUCACACGACGGAGAACUUGAUUCGAAUGGGCAUGGCAGGGCUGUCCCUGGUGGUUCUCUUGGUCAUUCUGGCUGAAAAUUGGCUUGGCCAUCAGGUUCCACACAAGGAAGACCAGCAAGAACUGCCUGAACUGAGCUGCAGUAGACAGAAGACAGAAUGGACCUUCGGACUAACUCCAAAGGGUCACCAGGUAGACACCAGGCACUGA